UCUGCGCUGGAUUUUUUCGCUCGUGCAUUCUUCACACUCUUCUUGCACCGCGUUUGCGCAGGAUUUGUCUUGCUUCGAUCCAAGACCUCAACCCCCUUCAUGAGACUUCUUCUUCAAUCGGCCGUCACGGACUUGUUUGGUCCGACCCACGCGCCCUCCGCAAAAGAUUGGCCGCGCUCCAGUGUCCUAAGGCAACUCUCGACGUCCAUUAAAUUUCGUGUGCUGGCUGAGCCAGGAAUCCAUAUUGUCGUCUUCCGCCCAGCUUCAAUCCCCAUGUCUUCUCUGUUCAGAUCACCAGCGAAGAGUAACGACAAUUUGCGAGAGGGACCACGAAUCAAGCUAGAUGUGCGUACCUACCAAACAGCUUGACGUACACUUUCAAUCGUUCAUUAAUUGGCUUUGGUUUGUGUUUUGAGGUUGAGGAGACUCGCUCGCUUCGAGCAUCUCAAAGAUGUUUUGACAGUGUGCGAUCAUUCUCUUUAGAUACUUGA